AUGCAAGCUCAUCCGGUGGUCGUUGUAACCCAACCUGGGAGUGGUCCUGCCCCCCAAAACUCCAACUGGCAAACAAGCCUGUGUGACUGCUUCAGUGACUGCAGAGUCUGUCUCUGCGGUAUGUUUUGCUUCAUGUCCCUUGGGUGUCAAGUGGCUUCUGACAUGAACGAAUGCUGUCUGUGUGGGACGACCGUCGCCAUGAGGACCCUCUACCGGACCCGAUACGGCAUUCCAGGUUCUAUUUGUGACAACUUUAUGGCGAUUUGCUGUCCUGUGUGUUCUGUUUGCCAAAUCAAGAGAGAUAUCAACAGAAGAAGAACCAUGCAUGCUUUCUUAAAAAACUGA